AUGAUAUAUUUUGAAGGAUUAAAUUGUGAUUUAAGGAAAUAUCUUUUAGAUUCUAAUAGUGCUACCAUAAAAAAUGAUUACACAAAUUCAUAUAUAGAUAAGGGAGAAAUAGCUAAAAAGAAAAGUUGUAUGAUUCCUAUUAACUUAAAACUUUUUGCUGUGUUAUUUCUUGGACUUUUAUAUUUUCUUUUGGGAUGUUUAUUCAAAGAGGAAAACCUGCAAAUUUCUGUACCAAAAUUCAACAAAGAUCAUCUAAGGACUCUAGUAGAGAAAGAAUCUGAGAAUGUAAAUAAACUUGUAUAUUUGGAUAAUAGAUAUAAAAACUUUGAAAAAAAAUUCAAUAAAUUUAUAGUUUCAUUAAUAAGGAAUAUAUUAAAUGAUUGGGAAGAUAUGUGUUAUAAUAAUAAUAUAAGACUUUCUCCAUUUGGAAGAAUAUGGGAACAAGAAAAAUUCGAGUAUAUGUUUAAUAAAAUACUUCAAGAUACAAAAGAUAUUUAUGACAAAAUUUCCGAAGAGUAUAGGAUAUUUAAAAAAAGUUAUCAUACUGAUAAAGAAUACUCAACUUUUUUCAAGGAGAAAAAAAAGGAUUUAAACAAAUUUAAAGAAAAGAAUCUUGAAUGGAUUUCUAAAUUUAGUGACUUAUGUAAAAAAGAGUGGAAAUACAUAGAAAGUUCACGUAAUUUUAAGAUUCGUCCUUUAAGGAGUUUAUUUAAAAAAAAAAAAAAUUAUGAAAUGUUAUGGAAUAAAAUGGAAAAAUAUGUAUAA